AAUAUAACCUUAUUUAAUGCAAAAUGUAAUUUGUUUUACAAUAAGUGUCCACCGAUAUUUUCUCUUCGGCCUUCGUCAUCGCUUUCUCCUUAUUGCGCAGUCCGCGAACUUGGACGAUCGUCGCCGUCGUCGUCGGAGGUUGGCUUCCUCAUCGAUCUUUGACAACCUCGUCUUCUCUUCGGCGUCGCGAACUGAUGAUGAGGGAGAGGACAGGCAGGAGAGCUGGGAGGGAGUCGAUGCUGACUCAGGCAGUGAAUGAAGUCUUUAGGCUGGUGAAGCUCGCGGAGUUUGAGAUAUUAUUCUUUCUCUUCUUCGUAAUCGCUUUUAUCAUCUUCAAGGAUCUUACUUCAAGGCCCGGGUACAAUCAGAUCCUUGUCAAGAAGUCUGGCGGCGGUUUGUUCCAGUAUUAGCUAUCAUUACCACCACGACUCAACGAACUGGACAGGCCAUUCUCGUUUUCCCGCCAAACUUUUCUUGGUGAGAAAUGAUCAACUCUUCUGGCCGGAGCUCCAAUUGGUGAUCAGUGGUUGCAUAUAUAUUCAGCUUGUACCAUUCCCUUUACUUUGGAAAGAAAAACUUCAAUUCUGGAACCUCUCUUGUAAAAAUAUUUUCCAGUGGAAUAUUCAUGGCCUCAUUUACGUUGGGCUAAUCUUCUGUAAUGGGCCGGGCCCAAAUAUUUAAUCUGGGCCGUUCCCAUAUAUUCUUUUGGGCCGGAAUGUUUUCUCUUAUUUCCCCUAUCAAA